CAGUAUCAAACUCUACAUCUGAAUGUUCUAUUAACAUUUUAAAAGAGUAAUAAUAUUUAAAAAAUAUUAGCUGAAUGUCUAAUAAAAAGUUUUGCUUGUGUUCCCCUUUACGUUAUAGAAACAUUAAUUCUGAAUGUUCAAAUUUUAUAGAUUUGUAAAUGUUUUAAUAUGCGAACAAUAAAGAAACAAUCUGUUUCAAGCAUUUUGAGAAUGAUACUUUUGAUCGUUCUCUGAAUAUUCCGAAACAAGUAACAUUCAAAAAAUUCUAAAAAACUAAUUCUGAUUGUUAAAAAUGGCAUUUAAAAAAAAAAGCACUUUUAUGUUUCUUUUCUGUCCUUUCUUAGCUGUUCUGCUUUUGUUAUACAGAAAAGUGCAGCUCAGAUGAAAUACAGGUUUUUUUAAAACAACGUAUUUUAAGAAAAGCAUUAGAUUUGAUCUAAUUGACAUCUGGCUCAGAAUCAGCACACAUCUUAGCCGUCUCUCCCGAGCGCUGUCUGGAAGUGUCCAUUAGAUACCACAAAUCCAUCUUGAUCUCGACUCAAAACCACCUUUGCUGCAGCAGAUGUAUUUCAGCUCUUUGUGUUGGAGCUUCCGCAUCACUGAGAUUCUCUGAAAAGAGCUGCUGGGAAGCAGUGUGAACAGAGAAGUGUGUGUUUGAACUGAUAUAUUUUAUCGUUGCGGUACAGCUGGUGGCUGUGGAGAGAAAGAGGAAGAUGGGCUCUGGUUCUGACGGUUCGUCUAAACCGCAGUGAAUCAUCAGGUCAGCUUCCUCCUGUGGACCACAGCUCAAGUGUGAACAACCGAUGCACUUCUGAUGGAGCUCCAUGUCCUGGACCAGUUUAGCCAGCUCACAAAUACUCAUAUUUCCAUUUGUUUUAAAGCACUGUAUAUUAAUAGCCUUCCUGGUAGCACUCCUUCUGACAAGCAUUCACAUAAUGUUUCUCAUAACCUUGUACUCCAGUUAUAUCUGAUCAAAUGCACUCUAAUGCAUCAUAUGCAUUAUUCAAUAGACGUGAAUUGAAUUGAGUGCUCUGAUUUAGUGUUUCAUGUUCUGAUAUUUAAGGCAAGACACUGGAGGUCCAUUUAUCUAAUAAUAGACAUAAAUUAAAAACGUUUAUUUUUUUGUGUUACAGGUUUUCUGAAAAGUAGUGCAGCUUUGCAAUUAUUUGCAUUAAUUCCCAGAACAUAAAUUUUGAACAUGGGAAAAAGCCAGAUACAUUUGUUAUUUUGUUAAGGUUUUUAUAGAGUGGAUUUCUUUUUAUCACUCCAAAAAUCAGAAAAUACUGUCAACAGACAGAAAAUUAAUACAUUUUCACCAUAUAUUUGUGUUUUUGAUGUUUUCUUUCCACUAAUCUGAAACAACACGAUGUGAACAGACAAUCAAAAUCUAAAAACUUUUUGCCUGUAGUGAUGAUAAAUAAUUCUAUUAAAUGGAUUACAUUCACUUAGAAUACUAAUGCAGUUUUGUAACCAUAGCAACAGCGAGUUUCCGAUAUUUGACAGUCUUCAGUUGCGCUUUGUCUUAGAAACAAAGAUACUCACGUAUAUUUAAGUAACAUUUUCAGUAGUACUUGUAAAUAUUGUGGGCUAAAUUAAUUAAUUAAUUUAUUUAUUUUUUUUGUCUUGUGUGUUAUAAUGCAGGCUACAUGUGAGUUCUGAGCGAGGCACGCGCGUGUUCCUUUAAGAGUCGCGCUGGCGUUGCGUAGAUCCUUCAUGAAUGAAACCACGUGACCAAAGCAAAUCAUAUGACGUCUGGCUUCAGCGCGAGAGAAAGAGGAUCAACACGGUCACAAAUUCGCCGGCAACAGCGACAAACUCCCGCCGGAUUCUCUUCGGUUCCACCCGACACAGUCUCCCGCUGCUCCGGAGGAUUCGAUCUGCGUGGCUUGGCAGCGGUUCCUCGUGGCAUGACGACCACUAACAAAGGAAACAAGGCCUUGAAGGUGAAGAGGGAGCCCGGUGAGAACGGGACGAGCCUGACGGACGAUGAGCUGGUGUCCAUGUCGGUCCGCGAGCUCAACCAGCACCUGCGCGGCCUGACCAAAGAAGAGAUCCUUCAGCUGAAGCAGCGCCGGCGGACACUGAAGAACCGGGGCUACGCCGCCAGCUGCCGCGUCAAGCGUGUCACGCAGAAGGAGGAGCUUGAGAAGCAGAAGGCGGAGCUUCAGCAGGAAGUGGAGAAGCUGGCUUCAGAGAACGCCAGCAUGAAAGUAGAGCUGGACGCGCUGCGCUCCAAAUACGAGGCUCUGCAGAGCUUCGCCAGAACUGUGGCCCGAGGGCCCGUGGCCCCGGUUUGUAACCCCCGCGGGCCCUUGUCCUCCGUCAUCGGGCCCCUCAUUCCCGGGAAGGUUGGAGCCACCAGUGUUAUCACGAUAGUCAAAUCGAAAACCGAUGUGAGGUCUUAGUAGCGCACAGAGAGCAAGGGUUGGUCAGUGCAUGAGGGUUUAGGUGCGGGACGCUCGUUUCACAGCAGACUGAUGGAAACUCUUCGGUACUCUGUAAUGUGGGCUUCUUCUGGGUUACGAAAGAAGGAAAGCACAUCUAGGACGGUCAAUCCACUUGGGCUUCCAAAAAGAUCUCCAAAUUCCGAAUCGAAAACCAUGCAGCCAAAUUUUCCUGGUGGAUGUGUGUUGUAUUGCUGUGAGAUUUGUAAUUUUGUACAAAUAUUGGCGACUUUGUAUCGUGCGUUUCACACGGGGUCCAAGUGUUUCCUUUGUCAUUGUAAUAUUGUACUUUUUAUACAGUGUUUGUGUUGAUUUCCUCUUCGUAUGUGCUGUUAUGCGCCAUUUUUCCGUCCUUUUGGUUUUACGGACUGCAGGCACAAAACACUUUAAACCGUUCGGACUUCCAAACUCUUCCGCCGUCUGAAGGAAAAGCUUUCUGAGGUAGGAGAGUAUCAGCCAAUGAGAAGCUCCCUUUACCUGAGCCUCAUUAUGCACUGACCAAUCGCUGACGGGCAGGAGGAGAGGAGGCGGAGUCAAAUCAGCUGAUGUUGUUCAUAUGGUAGCUAUCAGAAUAUCUGUCACCAGUUUAUGUGCUCCAGUCGUCCCGUUCAGGACAGGAGAUCGUUUUAUUGGCAACGCAGUAACAGGUUUAUGUUAUGUGAUGUAUUAUGUUAUUUCACGCUGAAGUUGAUCAUGUCUGUCGUUAUCUGUAAAUCCAGAGAGAUUUAUCUUUUUGUGUUCUGUGCCAAACUAAAAACAAGAGGAAAACCCCAAGUUUCUGUCUUUGAGGGACGGACUGUUGGGUGACAUAAACUGGUGAAUCCCACAAGCUUUGCCAUAACUUUGUUGCUGUGACAUUGCGUAACGUAUUCUACGAAUCUUUGUCUAUAUGGUGGAGUCUUGAAUUUUAUAUACAUACAUAUAUAUAUAUAUAAAAAAAAUGACAGAGUACCUUGCAUUAUUUAUAAAACAUUUAAAAAAGAAAUAUAAAGUUGUUUGAUAGCUCUCUUUUUUGCAAUUGUACCAAAAGUGGCUUAACUAUUGAAGUCAAUAGCUUUUUCUAGUGGCUAGGCGCGUCAAACUGUGGACUAGCGCGUGUGGUGUGAUUUGUACUGGUGAGGUGGCGAUGUGUUGUUUACGACGUGGAUGUGAUGCUCUUAUCUUCUGAUUUCAGUCGAAUGCGUGCGAUGAGCGCCGCUUACCCAGAAUCCCCUCUGAGCGUUUGUGUGCUCCAUGUUUAAGUGGACGGGACACGACGGGAUUUCUGGGACGCGCCACAUCGCCUGUGUUUGAGCCCUUUUAUGUGACGUGUGAUUUUUAUAUAUUUUUGGUGUAAAAUGUUUCUAUGGUAUAUUAUAUUUGUAGGUGUUUUUUUCUUCUUUUUUCGGGUUGUUUUCUUUAAAUGCCAGGGAAGUGCUGGUUUAAACCAGCUCUUCACGCUGCGACGCCGCUCAAAAUAUUACUUUUCUCAACUUUUAAAACUAAGAAAGAGCUGUCCAAAAGGUUUCAGGACACUAUCUGCAUUUUUCUUUUUUUUUGGACAAAUUGUUUCUCCAAUAAGACGAGAAGUAAAACUCAGAGCUGUUGUAAUGCUGCGUUCACGCUUCUUCGUAAUUACUGUAAUUAUUAGACUGUAAUUAUGUUAAAGUUCUGUUCAUUCUCGGACUCUGACAUUUUUUUUAUUACAAUGCACAUAACGCUUAAUAAUAUGCAGUUCCUCGCACACCCGAUAAAUCGGCAAUUUCUGUAGUUAAAUUACAAUAUUUACUAGAAAAGUCAUGUUUGCAUGGUUAUAGAAAUUUUAAUGAGCAAUUUCAGUGCAUAAUAAGAAAUCAAUAUGCAUCCAAUUGGGAGGAAAAAAUUUAUUAAAAAAGGUUUACAAAAAUUCACAUUCACAAAAAAAAUAAUAAUUUACAUUAAAAUAUGUUUACAAAAAUUCACUUUCACAAAAACUAAAAAUAAAUAAUUGUAAUUUAUAAAACAUUUACAAAAUUUACCGUCACAAAAAAUACAAAUUAUUUAAAUUGAUUUUUUUUUAAAUCACAUUCACAAACAGUGAAGUAUGUAAUUUUUUUUUUUAAGUAAAAAGAGAAAUUCGCGUUCACAAAAAGUGCAAAUAAAUUAUUUAAAUUAAAAAAUGUUUUCAAAAGUUUACAUUCACAAAAAAUGUAAAUAUAAAAUUGAAAUGAUGUGCUCACACUUUUGCAUGUUUGAAAGAAAGAUUAUUGACAAAAAUGUUGCUCAUUAAAUUUUCUAUAAAUCUGCAAACUUAAAUUAUAAUACAUGUAAUGCUAAAAUGAAUCCGUGUGUUGCUUUUUUAUUGAUAGGGUUGCAAAGGGGUGGAAAAUAUUUGGUAGAUUUUCUGAAACAUCCCAGACACUUUCCAACAAUUCUGGACAGUUUCUGGAAAUGUUCUGCUCUUUUGCAAUCUUCAUCAGUAUAUUGAUUUAGCUCUAUAUGCUCUCAGAAAAUACUGAAGCGUUUAUAAAAGGCAUCGUAAGUGCACCUCAAGUGUUUUUAGAAUUUAAAUGCAUUGCAGAAGCUCAGAUUUCUCCUGUUUUUACAUGAGGUCACAAAAUCUUUUAUAAAGAUGUGAGGGUUAAUGUUACUCAGAAGCUGAUAUUUGCAGUAAUUGCGAGCAUUAACGCUCUGAUAAAUGAUUUAUUGCAACACAAGAUUCUUUCUCGUGAAGUCCAAUCUGAACAUGAUUUUAAAUUCCCAUCAAUGAUUUUUCUCCAGUGAUUCCCCCCCGAUCUGAUCCUCACCGAUCUGGCAUUUUAAGAACGGAUUCGUCGUAGCUGUAUUUGUACGACUGGGUUUUUUAUUCUCGAUGUAAAUCAACAGAAAUAUCUUCCUCUGACUGGCUAAUCUGUGAAAUCGUUUCGUAACCAAGUCUUCGGCAUUGCUUUCGUAACCAAUGGUAGCGUUUGACGGUUUUGUGGUGUUUCUGUAAGCGAUGUAUCGAACGGUUUUGAAGACUAAACGUAUUCUAUCUUCCUCACAAACGAUGAUGAUGUGAUUGUCGUUGACGUGUGGCUGUCAGGAAGCACUGCUGCCCAAAUAAGGACUCCUGAUCUCCUUCACGUUUGUUGUCGUUAUGGUCGUCGUGGUGACUCGGUGUUAAAAGUGAACUAUAUGCAAAUCAGUUGGCGGUAGGGAGGGGUCACGACCUCUCGGUAGGAAUCUAGUUUUCUGUCCUUGAAGUUGUCGUCUGUAAAUAAUCGCAGCGAUUGAUGAUGAGCACUAGAUUUGCUCUGAAAAUCUCGGAGCGUUUAGUUUCGUUUGAAUCUCUGUCCCACGAGGCCCAGCAAACGCUUCUCAACACUGAAGAAAAUCAUUCUCUCUUUCUGUACAAACACACAUUAACAAUUAUCUGCCUCUGGAGUCAGAACAAUUUACUUAAUUCACUGGAAAAACAACAUAUUUUUUAUUGUUUUAAAAAUAAAAACACUUAAGUUUGAUCUUUUUUUUCUUCUUCUUCUACUUCAGAAAAUAAGAUAUAAAAUCUAAAUGCAGUUUAUUCUUAAAAUAAGAAAAAAUAAGCAUUAAUUCACUUAAUUUUAUGCAUUUUUCUGAAAAAAAGACAGAAAAACCUCUUAAACAAAAAAAGUUUGUUUAAUGCAAGUACAGAUGUGUGUCAACAGGGUGAGAAAAAUAGACAGACUUAAAAAACAAAACCAGAAAGUAUUUUUUUUACCCAAUUGGCAGAUAUAUUUAUUGUUUUAUGCAUAAACUUACUUAAUUUUGAUGCAUUUUCCAGAAAAUAUGGAUCCAAAUAUUGAGUUUAUGCUUAAAACCAGAAAAAAAAGGGGCAGGCUCACUUAAUAUUUUUUUUAUAAGACUUAAAAUCAUAAGAGAGUUAAUGUUUAAAACAAGACAAAAAUCAGCCAAUGGGGUCAGAAAAAUGAAUUUGUUUUCCUCAUGAAUUAAGCAGAUUUUAUUAUUAUUAUUAUUUAUUUUUUAAGCGUUAACUCACUUAAUUUUGAAAGCAUUUUUCCGAAAACAGGGCUUAAAAUCUUUAAAUGAAUUUAGGAUUAAAACAAGAACAAAUAUCUGCCAACGACUCAAAAAAAUCAUACUGAAUCAAAAAAAUAUAUAUAUUUUCAUCAGCAGAUUUCUCUUCAUUCAUGCUUAAAAACAAGUAAAAAAUGUCUUUUGUUUUUCCUUUCAAUAAAGUAGAUUUUUCAGUAAAUAUUUAUUCUUGUUUUAAUCAUAAACUCACCUAAUUUUUAAUAACUCACCUUUUUUGCCUCUGAAAUAAAUGCAUGUUGAUCUUAGCAAUCUUUAGACAUUUGCACUGGAAAACAAGCCAAAAAUACAGAGAAACAGCAUUUUUUGCAGACACACACACACACACACACGUCUGGAUCUCUUUAAAGUCACUCUGAUCUGCUAAUAGUUCUUGGUCAUUAAUGCAGGUGUUUGUGGUGAUUGAUGGAGGUCAGCGGAGCGGUCAUCUGUUGCCGGGCGGAGCCUUUGAAUCCUUGGCUUUGUCCUACUUCUCUCACAAACUCUCCCAGAUUAUCUUGUGUUUUAUUGGUUCUUGUGACGGCCGAUGUGUUUCUGCUCGUUCUCUCUCAGGCCUCGUGGGACACACAUGAAGACGUUUCAUUUCAGGUAGAAGAGAAACAAGCCCGAGUGUAUGAUCUUCUUCAGGUGAUUUAAGCUGUUCGCUGGUAAAGGUUUCAGUCAUUAUCUCUUCAUCUGCUGCUAAACCCAUGGGUCUUGUGACUUUAGCAGGACUCUGAUCAAUAAAACGAGGAAAGAGCACGGUUAAAAGUUCUCUGAACCGGAAAUAACAUGAUUUUAGACGCACUUCAGCUCCUUAAUAUUCUUCAGUCUAGCUUUUUUCCCCACUCAAAGAGCUCUUGGUCAGAAAUGUCACGCUAUAAAUUGCUGUCGAUUUUUUUGUCUAAAAAAAAGAAAAUGAUUUCUUCUGUUGUUUUUCUAUAUGGGGUGUAUUAAUAUCAUAGUUCUUCGUAUGGGAAAUAUAGAUGCCGUGAAAGUCCAUUUAAUUGUAAGUAUUUAUCAACUAAGUUAUUGUACUUUUGCAAUUUGUAGAUAAGUAAAAUAAUGUAUUGGUAUAUAACGAUGAACUUAACUGUAUCAGUCUGGGGCGUCUUUAAUUUAUUGAUGUAUAUACUGUAUGUUUGUUGAUAUACAGCUUACUUUAUUUUGUAUAUGACUAAUAAAUACAUUUAGAAAAGAG